UCUCCGUUGAGCGUCGGUGCCAUGACAACAAGACGAUGGCUGCAAGCGCGAGGGUGAAAUUGUUCAUGUCUGUGUGAACGAGGAGCAGAGGAACGAGGAGCCACGUUUAUGUGUUAGAGACACCAUGUCACUGUUUAAAGCACGUGACUGGUGGUCAGCAACUCUUGGGGAGGGCGAGGAGUUUGAUCAAGGAUGCUUAUGUGUUGGAGAUGUGGACAACAGUGGCACAGGACAUGACAAGAUUGUGGUGGGCAGCUAUAUGGGGAUGCUGCGGAUCUUCUCCCCACAUGCCAAUAAAUCGAGUGAAGGAGGCCCAGCUGAUGCCCAGCUCCUGGAAGUCCAACUUCAAAAUGCCAUCAUUCAGGUUGAAGUGGGCAACUUUGUUUCGUGUUCAGACCUUCUUCACUUGGCUGUUCUUCACCCCAGGAAGCUGUCAGUCUAUUCUAUUUCAGGCACUGCAGGGAAUGUGGAUCAUGGAGAUCAGUACCAGCUGAAGUUGGUUUACGAGCACAAUCUCCAAAGAACAGCUUGCAACAUGACGUACGGCACGUUCGGGGGUGUCACAGGUCAUCAUUCCUUGUGCAUCCAGUCUAUGGAUGGGAUGUUGAUGUUCUUUGAGCAGGAUAGCUACUCCUUUGGUAGAUUCCUCCCUGGUUUCCUGCUGCCUGGUCCACUGGCAUACAACCCCAGGACAGACGGCUUCCUCACUGUGUCGUCUGCACGCCAGCUUGAGAGCUACAAGUAUGAGACUCUGGCUGUGGCUACAGAUGCAGAGAGUCAACAGGAUUCUGACCUGCCCCUCAGAACUGGAGGCAAGAGGCUCACACCUGACUGGACGUUUGUACUAGGAGAACAGGCCCUGGAUGUUUUGGUGCCCUCCUUCUCCCAUUCCUCUUCCUCAAUCCUUGUGCUGGGUGAGAGAAACCUCUUCUGUUUCCGUGACAAUGGGCAGAUCCGCUUCAUGAAGAAACUGGAAUUCAACCCCAGCUGCUUCCUACCCUAUGCUUCAGUGACAGAUGGCACCAUGAACCUGCUGCUCAGUAACCACACCAGUAUGCUGCUGGUUUACCAGGAUGUGACUCUAAAGUGGGCAGCACAGCUCUCCUUUGUGCCUGUAGCUGUUCGAGUUGCCAACUUCCCGGAGCUGAAGGGGGUUGUGGUCAGUCUGAGCCCAGAUGGACAUCUACUGUGCUCAUAUAUGGGUACCGACCCCUCCUUCUUCUCAACACCCAAGGUAGAUGCCAGGGAGGUUGACUACGAGCAGGUGGAUGCUGAGAUGAAGAAACUGCAGAGGUUCAUCAGAGAGGCCACCCGGACUCAAGACAUCCUCCCCAAAACCGACUCAGUGGAGGACCUCUCUGUCACAGUCACUGUUUCCUCCAGCCUAGACAAACCAUCGCAAGCUCUUAUCCAAGACAUCGAUGGUCUCCCUGUCCCUUCAGUGACUGUACAGGUGAAAAUAAAGGCCAGUUCCCCUCUACAGUCGUCUAAGCUGUCCAUUUGUGUCCAGCCUCCGUUGGCUGUUACUCAAGACCAGUUUGUCCUGGAGUUUAUGGGUGUGGGUUCAACCAAAGUAGUUGCUUUUUCGGCUUUCCUCAAUGGCCGCUACCCCCCUGCUGACCUGACAGGAGACAUCAUUGUGUCCUAUUUCUCCCCCACAGAGCUUAAUCCCAAAGGAGUUCCCCGUGUUCUCCAGUCCAGGUUCAGUCUUCCUCUGGCUUUGGUGUGUGCCCCCUCAUCGCCUGCCAAAACCACCAAGUUUAAAGUCACCGUGGACACCAACCAGCCACCAGUUGACCUCAGCUCCAUUUUCCGAGAGUUUUCAGCAAAAACAGAAGAUAAAGAUGGGAAUAGUUUUGGUUUCCAGCUUCUGGCAGGAGCCAGAGUUACAAUUCUGGCCUCCAAGACCUCCCAGCGCUACCGUAUCCAGAGCGACAGUUUUGAGGACAUGUGGUUGGUGGUGAAGGAACUUUGUCAAAGGUUUGAUCAGCAUUUCUCCAAGCUGGGAAUCAAAGACUUCAAAAAGAGUUAUAGCGGUUCCCUCCCCCUUCAGGAGUACUUCCUGUCUGUAGACAAUCACUUUCAGAGGCGAGUCAGUGCUCAGCAGUAUCAGGAUUUGCUGUCUGAGCGUGCAGUCCAGUUCAGAGCUAUCCAGCGCCGCCUCCUGACUCGAUUUAAAGACAAGACCCCGGCACCUCUACAGAACCUGGACACACUCCUGGACGCCACGUACACCCAGGUUAUGGCGUUGGCAGAGGCUGCAGAGGAGAACCGGGUGCUGCUGGAGCAGGCGUUUGUCCGUUUGCGGAGCGCCACUCACCUGCUUGUGCUGCUGCUGUCGCUGUGGCAGGGCCUGACGCCCAAUCAGACGGCCAUCCUGGAGGCCACGUUGCUGCCUCUGCUGCAGGACACACCACAGCUGGGUUGGGAGGAGAGCUGUGAUGCAGCUGUCUCUCAUCUCCUGCGGAGCUGCUUGUCGCGAAGCCCCAAGGAUCAGGCCACAUCUCUAGCCCAAACAGGCGGCCCUGUGUUGGGCCUUCCCCAAGACACCGCACGCCUCAAGAAGCACAUAACUCUGCUGUGUGAUCGCAUCGGUAAAGGAGGACGCCUCACCUUGGCCUCUGAGGCUAAUGUCCAGGUCCCUGCUCAGGUCCAGAAUCUGGCUGCUCCUGGAGGUGUUGAACCAAUACCAGAGGUGUCUGGUGAUGGGGAGAUGGAACCCCCAGAAGAACUGACCAAAUUCAUCAAGAAGAAACAGCCAUCUAAGAAAGUCAAGAAAGAAAAAGACUCUAAAGAGGUGUCUAGUGUUCCUCCAGAUGGUAUUGUGCAAGAAGAAGCUGCAAGUAGAGGGGAGCCCAUCAAGGAGACCAAAAAGGAGAAGAAGGAGUCAUCCAAGGACAAGAAAGAGUCUAAAAGGGAUUCAAGUAAAGAGGUUAAAGAACCCAAGGAGGAGGUAAAGAAGGAAUCCAAGAAAGAAUCUACCUCCAAAGAAAAGAAGGAGUCAUCUAAGGAGAAGGAGAAGGACAAAGAGAAGGAAGAAAAUGAGGCUGGGAAGGAGUCGGGGGACAAAAAAGUGUCCAGAAAGUCCUCUGUAAAAGUGAAAGAGAAGAAGAAGAAGCUAGAAGCUGCAGAGGGCUAA